CAAAAUACAAAACAAAGUAGGAUGUGCAAUAAUCAAUAUUGAAAGUGGAUUUAAAAAAUUAUUCAAAUUGCCUUGUGAAUCAUCGAUAUAAACCGCUGAAAUGAUAGCGAUACUUUUUGCUUUGACACAUAUUUAGUAACGAACCCUAUAGCUGCAUAAUAUUUACGGACAGUAAGAGUGUCGUUGAUAGACUAACUAACGUACAUAAGUAUCAACAACUCAAUCAUAUAGAACUGGAAAUUAUGAUUCUUUAUAAUAAAAUUGCAAAUUUAGGAAAAAACAUCAUUAUUUCAUGGAUAAAGGGACACGCAGGCAUUAGGGGUAACGAAAUAGUAGACAAGCUAGCCAAAUCCGCCCUAGAAAUAGGCGAAGAACUUCCCAUGAACUUAUUACCCAUUUCGGAUAUUGAUAUUAUUAGUAGACGACACCAAAAAGAAAAUUGGCAAAGGUAUUAUCGAAACACGAGAACUGGUAGUAAUUACAAACAAAUGCAGCCUGAAAUUCCCAUUAAAAGAUGGUUUCAUUCUGUAUCAAAUAGCCAUUUCAUAAGAGUUAUAAAUAGAUUGAGAUGUAAUCAUGCUCUUACCCCCCUUCAUAUGUACAGUUUGGGUCUCACAGAGUCACCUAACUGUGAGUGUGGAAAAGAAGGUGAUCUACUACAUAUUCUCCUCGAAUGUUCACAUCAAUCAGUAAAUAUAAACAAAUUUUAUGAUAAUCUUAAUAUAUUAAAAAUUCCACUUCCCGUCUACCUGAACAAUUUGAUAUUUUCUGAAGAUAUUAAUAUAUUAAAAACAAUUUACGAACAUAUCAAAAACUGUAAAUAUAGAUUGUAGCAAUAAAAUUUACCCUGUAUUUAAGAAAUUUUGUUAAAACAAAGCAGGCAUGUUUGUUAAAACAAAACAAACAUGUUUGUUUUGUUGUUAUUUUGUUUUAAACCCUGUAGAUUUAAGUAAUUAUUGUAUAUUAUAAUUGAAAAAAGAAAAGAACAAAAAAAGAGAAAAGAAA